AUGUUCAAAGGUCUAACGUCCAACCCGGUCAGGACGGCCAAAUGGGUAAACAUUACGCGCCUGAGUUAUGGGAUUCCCAUUGAAGCGAUUGCUGAUGCUUUGAAGCCAUACAGCAAAGUCAUUCAGAUUAAAAUGGACUCCUUUCAUGGAGUUUAUGUUGGGGUCCGUCACGUCUUAAUGGAACUGUCUAAACCCAUUCCUUCGCGGUUGACUAUUGCAGCUCAUUCCUGUAACUGUUUUUAUGUUGGUCAAGUUCAAACGUGCUUCUAGUGCCUCCAGACAGGUCAUAUGACUAAAGAUUGCCCUAAUCACGCGCGUACUACAGGAAAUAUCAUCAAUGCAGAUGGUCUAUUGACGAGAGUAAAUCGACCGUCGAUCAGUACAGCAUAGAGAUUAUAAAUAACACUAGAGGAGGCAUCGAGUUUAAAAAUUGGGAACGCAGCUAAUGGGGGGCAAAUUCAAGUCCCGGAUAUAAAAUCGUGCUCUCAUUGGCUGAUUUGAAACUCGUCACCAAUGGGAACACGAAUACACAUCCGGGACUUGCAUUUGCCCCCCAAUAGUCGCGUUCCCUUUUUUUUACUGAAUUAAGAUUACAAUGCCUCCUCUAGUGUUAUUUAUAAUCUCUAUGCAGUACAGUACCUGACGAACGCAUUGGUGCCCAUGGUACGCGUAAUCUGGUUAGGCAUACCACUGAUGAGAGCCAAACGCAUUUCCGCAAUUAACAGAUGGUCCUCAUCCGUCCAUUACAGCUAGUAAUGCCGAUAGCCAUAGUCUGAGCUUGCAUGCUAAUUCUACAAAUAAUGAUGUUGUCAAUCAGCAGUUGAACAAUUCAGUCACUCACUCUGAUGUUCCUAAUGCAGCUGUUAGACGUACGUGAUAAAAAUAUUCGUAACGUCAAUCCAGGUGGGGUUACAUCUACGUUACCCCCGUCCUCUGCGGCAGUUUCUUCUCCCAUGGUUCAGCCAUCAUCCCGUUAAGAUCCUGACAACUCGAAUGAUGAAGUUGAGUUUGUUGAUGUCCUCGAGGAACUGCCAUUACCAGAAGGUGAAGGCAGCCAGCAGCCAGUUUCUAUAGUUCUUGGGAAACGCACUAGGGAACCUGAUGACUCGGAUGUUUCAGAUAUCUCGGAAAAGCGAGUCGAUCGAAAUCCGUCUUCGGAUGGGAGUAUAGUUGAGGAUGAUUUUGUCCCUACUUCUCUGCCUCUCCCUGCUAGUCCUUUGGCUCGUUUUUCCUCCCCCAAUCCGUUUUCGUCUCUUAGUGACGAAGUUGAUCCCAUAUCCAUGGAUCAUGAUGCAAAUGGUGUUGCAAUUCCAUUUGAAAGAACUACAUCUGUGCAGAGGAAGGUUCGUACCAGCAAAUCGCAAAUGCCUUCUAAUUUGGAUGAUUCUUCACCUCUUCCCUCCGUCACUCCUGCGGAUGACUCUGUGUCUAUUGCUUCCGAGAUUCUUGGUACGCCCUCCAUCGAAGCUUAUGAAGGCGGAAAUGAGGAGAAUGGCAGUAUGGAUGGAGGAACCGUCUAUGGCCAACGAUAA